UUCUCAUGUUGAGCACUGCGGCUCUAUCGGCAGCAGCAUUUCUCUCUGUAAGGGACGUUUCUGAUUAAGCAGGGGCACUGAAUGGAAACCAAUCAGAUAGAGAGUCCCUUUAGCUUCAGCUCCCUGCCUGCCUGACUUAAAAGUGAUGCUGGGAGAGAGGGAGUUAGAUGCAAGUGCAUAGAGCGUUGGAGAUACAGUAACAGGGAGAAGGGAGGAAACAGGUAAAGAAGCAGCAUUGAAUGGACAGAGCUAGGCUCACGCUGACAGAAAUGGUCCUACUUACAAGAGGAAUAUAACAUUUUAAAAAAUUCAUCUUGUGAAUUAUUAGCGGAGUGAAGGCUAACAGCAUCUCUGUAAAUGAUGAGGACUUACUUCUUCUUGAUGGUCUUUCUUUGGAGCUGUAUAUUUCAUGUGAUUCAUGUGAUGCCAUCCCAAAAAAGGACUAACAAGCACUCAGGCAGUGAAAGGUUAACAGGAUUGUCGGAGAAUGAUGGAAAAACACUGCACCGCACCAAGCGUGGUUGGAUGUGGAAUCAAUUUUUCUUGCUGGAGGAGUACACAGGUCCAGAUACUCAAUAUGUGGGCAAGCUACACACUGACCAAGAUAAAGGAGAUGGAAAUUUAAAAUACAUAUUAACAGGAGAUGGGGCUGGCAGUCUGUUCAUUAUAGAUGAAAAUACAGGAGAUAUUCAUGCUGCAAAGAAAUUGGACAGAGAAGAAAAGUCCUUAUAUGUGCUACGUGCCAAGGCUAUAGACAGAAAAACUGGAAGACAAGUGGAGCCAGAGUCUGAAUUUAUCAUUAAAAUCCACGAUAUCAAUGACAAUGAACCAAAAUUCACCAAGGACAUGUACACCGCCAGUAUUCCGGAGAUGUCUAGAGUUGGUACAUCUGUUAUUCAAGUGACAGCCACAGAUGCUGAUGAUGCCAACUAUGGAAACAGCGCCAAAGUGGUGUACAGCAUCCUCCAGGGACAGCCAUAUUUCUCAGUGGAUCCAGAAACAGGUAUAAUCAAGACUGCUUUGCCGGACAUGAGCAGAGAAAACAGGGAACAAUAUCAAGUGGUCAUCCAGGCCAAAGACAUGGGAGGCCAGAUGGGAGGACUAUCAGGGACCACAACUGUGAACAUCACGCUGACUGAUGUCAAUGACAAUCCGCCUCGCUUCCCUCAGAGUACCUACCAGUUCAGCUCUCCUGAGUCUGCACCACCUGGGACUCGUCUUGGCAGAAUUAAAGCCAAUGACCCUGAUGUGGGUGAAAAUGCAGAGAUUGAGUAUAGCAUCUCCAACGGGGAUGGAUCAGACAUGUUUGAUAUCGUCACUGACAAGGACACACAGGAAGGGAUUAUAACUGUCAAAAAGCAUCUGGAUUUUGAAAGUAAGAUGUUAUAUACCUUAAGAGUGGAAGCCACCAACACUCAUCCUGAUCCUCGUUUUCUUCAGCUGGGGCCAUUUAAGGACACAGCUUUGCUCAAAAUUUCUGUGGAAGACAUAGAUGAACCUCCAGUGUUCAGCAGACCUUGGUAUUUAAUAGAGGUAGAUGAAGAUGCUAAGGAAGGAAGCAUUAUUGGACAAGUUGUAGCCCAAGAUCCGGAUAUAACAAAGAAUGCUAUAAAAUACUCUGUGGAUCGACACACUGACCUUGACAGAGUAUUCAACAUCUAUUCAGGAAAUGGAUCCUUAUUCAUCUCAAAGCCACUUGACCGGGAAGAAACUCCCUGGCACAACAUCACUGUCAUAGCAACUGAAAUCAAUAAUCCUAAACAAAGUAGCCAGAUACCUGUCUUCAUCCGGAUUUUAGACAUAAAUGAUCAUGCACCAGAAUUUUCCAAAUACUAUGAAACAUUUGUUUGUGAAAAUGCAAAAGCAGGACAGCUAAUACAAACUGUGAGUGCAGUUGACAAAGAUGAGCCUCCUCGAGGACAUAAAUUUUUCUUUGAGUUGGUGCCAGAAUUUGCUGUUCAUCCUAACUUCUCCAUUGUAGACAACAAAGAUAACACAGCAGGAAUUUUGACUAGAAGAAAUGGAUACAGCCGUAGUAAGAUGAGUACCUAUCUCCUGCCAAUCAUAAUAUUUGACAACGACUACCCAAUCCAGAGCAGCACUAGCACGCUGACCAUUCGAGUGUGUGCUUGCGACAGCUGGGGGAACAUGCAGUCCUGCAACACUGAGGCCUUGCUCCUCCCUGCUGGACUCAGCACAGGGGCACUGGUUGCCAUUCUCCUCUGCAUCAUUAUCCUGCUAGUAUUAGUGGUCUUGUUUACGGCUCUCAAGAGACAGAGGAAGAAAGAACCCUUGAUCGUCUCAAAGGAUGAUGUUCGGGACAACAUUGUGACCUACAACGAUGAAGGAGGUGGGGAAGAAGACACCCAGGCUUUUGACAUUGGCACACUGAGAAAUCCAGAAGCGAGAGAAGAAAGUAAGAUGAGAAGAGAUGUUAUCCCAGAAACUAUAUUUCAGAUAAGACGGACUGCACCUCUUUGGGAAAACAUUGAUGUCCAAGAUUUUAUUCACAGAAGGUUAAAAGAAAAUGAUUUAGACCCAGCUGCCCCUCCUUAUGAUUCACUAGCAACAUAUGCCUACGAAGGAAAUGAUUCCAUAGCAAAUUCACUCAGCUCCCUGGAAUCUCUUACUACGGAGGGCAACCAAGACUAUGAUUACCUUAGUGACUGGGGCCCUCGAUUUAAAAAACUAGCAGAUAUGUAUGGUGGAGAGGACAGUGAUCAAGACUGAAAAAGUAAUCCAUGACCUGGUCAGUGUUAGUGAAAUUCAUGUCUAUGUUACUAGAUAAAGUGGCCUACUCUCACUUGGGAAUAAAAAAUUUACAAAAAAAUAGGUGUUGUCUUAGUAAGGGUUUGCUUAAUCAGUAAGUCAACGUGAAUGAAUAUGAAUGAUUUAGAUUUUAAAAAAUCUAUAAUUCAUCCUCUUUGCCUAGGAGCCUCUGAUGAAAGGUUUUUAUUGACAAUGAAAAGACAAUAAAAGGCUUUUUGUGCCUUUAAUAAUGAGAUGGAAACUUUUUUUUUUUUUUUUGAUUGCUUUGCAUUACCUUUCCUACUAGCUGGAACAUUGUGCACCUGCAUCGUAACAUAUUCUCAAAAAUAUACUUAAAAAAAAAUUAAUAUUACUGCCAUAUUUAUUGAGUUAAAGAAUGUCUGUGUGUUGAUUCAUCAUGAUAUUUUUAUAUGUGUAUAUUUAUAUUUUUGUAUUUUUAUUAAAUAAAUAUUUAUAAAAA